UCAUCGCAGAAUGUCUGGUCGCGGUAAAGGAGGAAAAGGGCUCGGUAAAGGAGGUGCCAAGCGGCACAGGAAGGUGCUCCGGGAUAACAUCCAGGGGAUCACUAAACCGGCUAUACGCCGUUUGGCUCGCAGAGGAGGCGUCAAGCGAAUCUCCGGCCUUAUUUACGAGGAGACUCGCGGAGUGCUCAAAGUCUUCCUGGAGAAUGUUAUCCGCGAUGCAGUCACCUACACCGAGCACGCCAAGAGGAAGACGGUCACCGCCAUGGACGUGGUGUACGCGCUCAAACGCCAGGGCCGCACUCUCUACGGUUUCGGAGGUUAAACGCUUCUCUUCUUCCAUCCUUCAUACACACCAAAGGCUCUUUUCAGAGCCG